UCCCCAUUGUGUCGUAUUUAGUAGCCAGUCGAGCUAAGACAGCGCUCGAAAAACGGCGGCGUCUUACUCCGUAUCACUACGUUGUUGGGUGGAAAAAAAGGCGAAGAUGGCUUCUCCAAGGACAAUAACCAUCGUGGCCCUUUCCUUCGCCCUUGGCCUUUUUUUCGUUUUCAUGGGCACCAUAAAGCUCACACCAAGACUAAGCAAAGAUGCUUACAGUGAGAUGAAACGGGCAUACAAGAGCUAUGCCAAGGCCCUGCCAGGCUUAAAGAAGAUGGGAAUCAGCUCGGUGCUCCUACGAAAGAUCAUUGGCACACUUGAGGUGGGCUGUGGUGUGGUGCUGACGUUGGUCCCUGGGAAGCCUAAGGAUGUGGCCAACUUCCUGCUGCUGCUGGUCAUGCUGGCGGUGCUGUUCUUCCACCAGCUGGUGGGCGACCCUCUCAAGCGCUAUGCCCACGCCCUGGUCUUUGGUAUUCUGCUGACCUGCCGGCUCCUCAUCGCCCGGCAGGGCGAUGAACGCCCUGAGAGGGAGGAGAGCAGGGAGCAGCAGGUCAACGCUGAGGAAAAGAACAAAGUCAAAGUGUCCUAGUUGCGUCCCUGGACUGGGCAGAGCCGCACCAAGAGGAAACUUGGACGUCUCUUUGGAUGAUAGAAAUCCUCAACAAAUAAAACGACAGGCGCCACAAAAGAGAUAGCUGCACGCCCCCAGCUCCCCCAUGUCCCCGUGUUCAGACUGUUGGUUUCACCUGCUCCCUUUUGCUGUUUUUCUGUGGCAGCAAAAAAAAAAAAAAAAAAAAUCACCUUCCUGACAUUGGACAAUCACAUAUGUGGCAUCUGUUUUGCCUUCAUCUGUUUGAGGAAACAAGCCAACUGAUGUGACAGUCAUUACAUCCAGUCUGAAAUUUGUUUGGGUUUGCACUUUUACAUCUCACUUUAAAUGCAUUAAGAUGGCAGUAACCACACGUACAGUUAGAUUGGUCUUUACAUACAUUCUGUUUUGUCAGAAUGUAUGUAUGCCAACUUUGUCAUAUUCAUACAGCAUCG